AUGCACGCCUUCGAGACGUUUCUGGGGGGGGGAAUUCUCCUCCUCUUGCUCGAGCUGUUGAUGAUCGCGGUCGUCGCCUACAAAAACGAAGCCGGAAAAACUUCUUCCACCGAGAUCGCGGCAGAUGCCGAAUUCAGCGAACCGGUGGGAGAGGAAAACGAAGGGAAGGCAUUUUUCGAGCAGGAGCACGUCGAGCAGCAGCCGUGUCCUCAGGACAAGGAGAAAGUUGACUACUUGGCAAGAAAGUGCCGCGUUCCGUACGACAAGGAUGCGGGAGUCUGUGCAUGCGAACAGCAGCUCACGGAAGUCACGUUCCAGGGCAACAAACAGCAGAAGUGCCGGUGGGGUUGCAAGGAACUAAAAAGCGACACGUUCGGGUGCUUUGGAAACCAAUACAGUGGAGUGGUGGAGUGCACGUCGACCGAGAAAACGCAAAAGGCAGCGGAAGACCUGCCAGAGUCUACUACUUGA